AUGUCAGCCCAAAAGGACAGGUGGGUUUCUUCCUUCUCUUUCCUGCUCUGCUGUGCUUCCUAUAUCCCAACACAAGGAGGCGCGGGAAUGCUGCAAGAGCCGAGCCCCCAGCGCUAUUUCAGCAGCUUGGAAGCUGGACGAGCAUCCCUGGCUUAUUUCAGCCACAGUGGUUCCCCUGGUGCUCAGCCCUUCUUGGAGCAGAUCGAGAGCUCAGCUGAGGCCCUCCAGGACUAUGGCAUUUCUGUGGUGAAGGUUAAUUGUCCCAAAGAGGAUGUCUCAAGAUACUGUGGAAAAGAAAAUGCAUUAAGGAAAGCUUAUCUGUUCAGAGGUCACAUGUUGAUCAGAGAGUUCCCCACCGAUGCCCUGUUUGACGUGGACUCCAUCGUCGCCAGUGUCCUGUUUGCUCUGCUCUUCAAUGAAGUGAAAUACAUUGAAACACUGACAGACCUUCAGAACAUUGAACAAGUGUUGAAGGGGAAGUCAAACAUGGUCUUUGCCUAUGUACCAGCUACUGGCACAGCAGAGCACAGAGCUGUGAUGGAAGCAGCUUUUGUCUAUGGGACUGUCCACCAGUUUGUCCUGACAACUGAGGCAGCACUGCUGAAAGCCACUGGUGAUGACCCUGAUGUGUCAUCUGCAUGGCUGUUGUUCUGCCACUGCCAGAAGGCCACAGACCCAGCACAGCCCUGCAGGAGAACACCCUUGGGACAACCUCUGACACUGCUCAACAUCCACAGGCACCUCAAGCUCAUGGGAGCUCCUUUGGUGACAGAGGUUGCUGAGGACCCAGAGAAGGUCUCCACUGUUCACUUACAGCUUGGGCUACCCCUUGUGUUCAUCCUGAGCCAGAAAGAGACCUAUGAGGCUGACAGGAGGACAGCAGAGUUUGUGGCCUGGAAGCUCUUGGGGAAAGCAGGAGUUGCCCUUUUAGCCAGGGACCUCGUGGAUCUGAACGUUCUGCACCGAUCAAACGUCGCUCUGAAGACACCAGAUGAGGGAAUGCCAAUCCAAUACCUGGUCUUGGAAGACACCGAUGAAGUUAUAACCCUGGUGGAAGAUAAGAACAAGGUCAAGCAAAUCCAGGAGGAAGAGGAGGAGGAGGAGGAAGAUGAGGCUGAAAAGGAGAAUAACAAUCAAGACAUCCAGGAUGACCAAGUGGUGGAAGCAGUUUCCAGGGACAAGAAGAGAGAGCUGCCACUGGAGCAGAUCCUUGUCCUGACAGAGGAGAACUUCCACUCCUCCCUCUCGAGUGCUGCUCGGACAGUGGUGCUGUUUUAUGCCAGCUGGGAAGCUGUGUCCCUGGCAGUGCUGAGGUCUUACACUGAGGUGGCUGAUCGGCUGAAAGGAACUCCUGGGGUUUUGUUCUCCCUGGUGAACUGCUGGGAUUGGCCUGGAAUUUGCAGCCAGGAGAAUGUCACCCAGUUUCCUACCAUCAGGAUUUACAAGGAGGGAAAGCAAUCAGUGUUGUAUGAUGGAAUGUGGGGGACUGAGGAGAUGAGCAGCUUCAUCAUGCUGAGCCGAGUUUCCUGCCCACUGAAGCUGGCCACGAUGGAUGAAGCAGAAGGAUAUUUAAGAGGAGAGUUCCCCUCUGAGCUCUCACCCUACACCCACACUUCACUUCUGGGAGUGUUUAGCACAGCCACGAGUGAAGCCAGGAAAGCUUUUGAAGAGGCAGGAAACAUCCUAAGUGGCCAUGUAAGGAUGGGGAUGUAUUUGGAAGAUGACUCCAUGGCUCUAUCCCAGAAAUACUCUGUGUCCCCCCCAGCCCUCCUCCUUGCCCAGAGCCGAGCUCAGAGCGUGGAAGGCAUCACCUUGGCCAAGCAGAGCACACAGGACCUGGUGCAGAUGAUCAGACAUGAGCUACUGGACAUUUUUCCAGAAAUCACUGUGCAGAAUCUGCCGCAGUACUUGCAGCUCAGAAAGCCUUUCCUUAUCCUCUUCAGUGCUGGUGACAUCAGUCAAAUGGAAAACAAGGAAGAAAUGCUGAAGGUGGCAAAAGGAAGAGCCCAGAAGACAUUUGUGGCUUCCUGGUUGAACCUGAAAAAGACUCCAGUGGGACACGGGAUCCUGAGGACAUACUUUGCCACAAUGCCUUCACUGCCUGUUCUCCUCUGGGUGAACCUUCAUGCUGGAGGUCAGGUAUUCAAGUUCCCAUCAGAACAGUCCAUCACUGAAGUGAACAUCCUGUCUUGGCUGGAGAAGCUCAGAGCAGGACUGGAGACUCCCAGCAGUACCUUGUCCGAGGAAGACUGGAAACCACCACUCCCUGCUUAUGACUUCCUGCAGAUGAUGGACACUGCUAUGCCUGAGCUCCCACUCCACAAUGCUCAUCCUCCUGGGAACACACCAGCACAGCCCCUGGCUGAAAUCCCAGAAAGGGACACUGCCACCCAGGAAGAGCCAUCCCAGGACACCGCAGCAGAGAAAGUUGGGAUCCCUGGGAGGGACCUGCGAGGGACAGCCCCGAGGCUGGCAGCGAGGGACAAGCAGGGCAAGAGGCACAGUGAGCUCUGA